CCUUGACGAAUGAUGCGCACGCGGCACGGGAGGCUUUAUAAACGCAGUGAGCACCGGGGAUGUGAGAAGUCUACGAGCCCUGCAUUGUACCUCAACUCCAGGACUCAUCGCUUUCCUUCUCUUCUUCCACAGCUAAAAAGCGCUCCAGCAUGAACGACCACUGCAAAGUUAAUGUCAACGACACCGUGGAGACGUUCCACUGCAACAACGGAUUCAGCGACCUCAUAGACACCAAGAAGUCCGAGCGCGAGCGCGAGACGUCCCGCAAAGAGGAUGAGGACAAGUCCUAUUUAGGCCUACCGGUGCUCGAGGCUGCCUACACCAGCAUCCUCCGGGAGCUCGGCGAGGACACGGACCGGCAGGGGCUGCUGCGCACACCGCUGCGCGCCGCCAAGGCAAUGCAGUUCCUCACCAAGGGCUACCACGAGACCAUCAGCGACAUCUUAAACGACGCAAUAUUUGAUGAAGACCACAACGAGAUGGUAAUUGUGAAGAACAUAGACAUGUUUUCACUCUGUGAACAUCACCUAGUACCCUUUUUUGGCAAGGUUCACAUUGGGUAUAUUCCCAACAAAAACGUGGUGGGACUGAGCAAGCUGGCAAGGAUUGUGGAGCUCUUCAGUCGGAGACUCCAAGUUCAAGAGCGUCUGACCAAGCAGAUUGCAAUGGGAAUAUUAGAGGCUCUGCGGCCAAAAGGUGUAGCUGUGGUUAUUGAAGCAACGCAUAUGUGUAUGGUCAUGCGCGGUGUCCAGAAGAUAAACAGCCGCACUGUGACGAGCACCAUGUUGGGCAUUUACCUGGAGGACCCCAAAAUCAGGGAGGAGUUCCUGACUCUUUCACAGAACCCUUAACAAAUGUCCUUCACUCCAGGGCCUCUGUAUACAGUAGCACAUGUAAAGCUUUAGAGUAACAGUCCACAUCUGACUAGGGAAAUUACAAGCCUCGAUACACUGACGCCUGACUGUGAACAUGAUAGGAAAUAGAAAACUCACAUUCUCGGUGCCUUUGGUAUAUAUUUUACAUCUUAUGUCUGACAUGGCAAUAUUGAUGUUAUAAAGUGUGAAAUCUGAUUUUCUAACGUGUCAUUUUAAGAUUAUUCUUUUUUCUUAAUGGGAAUUUAAUUGCUGCUUUUGCAAA